AUGGAGAUGCAGACAGCGCUGCAGAGCCCCGCCGAGGAUGAACUCAUCAAGAGCGACAAGAAAUGCUGCGGCGUGGGCGGCUUCUACGACUUCGGUCCGCCGGCCUGCGCGCUCAAGAGCAACCUGCUGCAGUUCUGGCGCCGCCACUUCGUGUUCGCCGACAAGCUGCUGGAGGUCGAGUGCACCAACCUCAUGCCCGAGGUGGGGCUCAAGACGUCGGGUCACAUGGACCCGCUUCACGGGCCUCGUGGCCGAGGGCAACAAGAGGAGCGUGAGAAGCUGUACUCGCCCCAGGAGAUCCACGAGAACUUCCAGCAGUACGGCAUCAUGGCGCCCGGCAUGGGUGUGGACCUAAGCUUCCCCGUCCAGUUCAACCACACCUUCAUUUAUGGAAGGCGCUGCCGACCUGCGCGCAGCCAAAGGGGCUGCCGGCGUCGUACUCGAACAAGUUUCAGCAGGCAUGCUGUCAGCAAGGAGGAGAGCGCUGUUGCGCUGACGGAGACGGUCACCGCGGCGAUGAGCAUCCUGUACGCGCACUCCACCUGCGAGACCAGCAGCGUCAAGUUGCUGACGUUCUCAGCUGUUAUCCGUGUGGCUGCGCAGGAGUUCAAGGGCGUGUGCACGAGCGCGGCUUCGGGUGAAGUUAUCUUGCCAUCGCUGCUGCUGGCGAAAACGUUGGAGCAGUGGUGGUGGGGCAAUCACAUCCUGUACAAGCUGAGCCGCGCAAGAAUCUGCGCAAGCUGA